AUGAAGACAGCAAGUGUCUUUCUGCUCAGUGUGUUGGUUCUGUUCAGUUUAUCUGGUAACACCAAAAUUAACUGUCUGGAAAGAGAGGCAAAAUGCAUCAAUGCUAUCAGUGGAUGCCCCAGGAUCUAUGACCCUGUAUGUGGGACAGAUGGAGUCACAUAUGGCAAUGAAUGCUUGCUAUGUAGUGAAAAUUUGAAGCGUCAGACUUCCAUCAAAAUAAAAAAAUCCGGGCCUUGUUAG